CCUUUUCACAAUUUUGCCGCGCGCUGAUUGAUCGCCAUUAAAGUGCUGAACUCAUUGUCGUCCAAGAUGGCCGCCGGUCACGAGCCGCGACGCGUACGGAACCAAAACCAGUUCCGCAACGAACCAGUUUGGAACUAGUUUUCAGUAGUUUUUUGACGAGAUAGCCGAGUUUCAGACCAAUACUUGGCAAAUGUGGAUUUCGCUUGAAACUGGCGUGACGAGAGGGAAGUCUAGACUCUGAGAAUGGCCGAACAUAACUCAAAAAAUGAAAAUGACGAUAUGCUGGAAAUAAAAGUGGAGCCUGCUGUUCAGUCGUAUACAGAGGUAGAACACGGAUACGCAGAAUUUGAGAACUCAAACCUAAUUCCAUCGACGGCUGAUGUAGGCGCACUGAACUUGUGGACGAGCAAAGCAACUAGCUGCCUGAUUGCCCAGUACAAAAAGUACCGCUCAAUGGUUGGUCAGACAACACGAAUGAAGAGCCUGAGGGAAAUGUUUGAAAUGGUAUCGUUGGAGAUGCAGAAGUAUGGCUUUUAUUUCAGCGCCCAAAAGUGUGAAAACAAAUGGCGAGUACUGGAACGGAAGUACAAGAAUCUAGUUUAUCGUGAAAAGCUGAAAAAGCCUGGGAGAAUGAGGCACUACGGACACUGGGAGCAUAAAAUAGCUUUGGAUGAAAUAUUCGAUGAAAGGAAAAGAAAGAUGUAUUUAGAUGACAAUGAUUUUCCACCUCCUGGUGCUUCCAACAAGUUCACGUUAAUCUUGCCAAAACCAGGCGGAGAUAACUGCAACAAUAUAGCCAAUAAUGUCAAUCAACCUCAACCUGCGGAAGAUCCGCUAGCUGGAGCAACAGUGAAUUCUCAAAGUGCUAAGGAAUCUGAUGAAUCAGAAGACCUGCGAACUUGUUUAACCGUAAUGUUUGAAAAGUUUUUAGCAAGGAUGGACAAAAACUUUAUCACGCAACAGCAGAACGAGGAGAGAAGACACAAGGAGAAAAUGGCAAUUCGACAAAGUCAAUUGGAGCUCCAAAAGAAACUGUUUAAAUUAAAGGAACAGAAAAUGGCGCUAAAGAAAAGUCAACUGUUAGCUGCGGCUCAACAUGUCCAUUUGAAUAUGGAGUGACAAUUAGGAUAAAUCAGUGGUUGAUAUGCUCAACAAAUCUACAUUUUUGUACAAUGAUGAACAAAUCUUUACUUGCACAUCAAAUUCUCCAUUCAGCACUGACAUUCAAUCUCUGAUAUAAGUUAGACACAGUUACUACUGCUGUAACAAUGAGAAGCUACGCUUCUAGUGAUAAGCGAGUAAUCCGAUUGAUGCAAUGUGAUUUUAAAGUGGUACGAAAAAUUAAUUUAUUAGUUAUUAUUUACUUCGAUAACCGUUACGAUGAAUUUCAUUGAUAUUAAUCAAUUUUUGUAUACAUUCCUUGCAAGCAUAUGUAUACGAUUUUCAUUUA